CGUCACUAAAUGGUGCAACAAAGCAGAACACACGUGCUAUGAUAGUGCGCGUUACUGUACAAGUAAAUUCCCUGAGCUGUGGUUGUGUGUGUGGGUGUGUGUGUCUGUGUAUGUGUGUGUGUGUGUUCGGGAACGCCAGCGGUCACACAGAACACCAGUCAACCUUAUUCAGUCAAUGUAGCAGCUUUGCGCCAGGACCGGAGAGAGUCUGAGACAAACGAAAGCCAGAAAGGGAAAGGGUGGGCAUAUGACAGCCUCUUUAGUACUCAACCCUCGCUGGCCAGGGGAAACGGUAAUGUUUGUGUAUGACAACAACGUGGACGACUUGAACAAGAACAUGGAGGGGCUGGUAGGCAGCGGCAACUUUGCCGCGGCUACUGCAGCGAGUCAGUGCCGCAACAUCAUGGCGCAUUCAGCGGCCGCCGCUGCUCUUGGAGGCCACCCGUCUAGCCUGGUGCACUCUUCAGGUGGGUAUUCCACAGUGGAUGUGUCCGCUUCUGGCUCCGGUGAAACCGCUGCCUCUUCAGGGAAGCAAUGUGCGGCGGGACCGUGUCCGGCGGCGUCUGUGCCGCACCAGAGCUCCUCGGCCGCAACCGCGUUACCUUACAGCUACUUUGGUAACGGUUACUACCCGUGCAGGAUGGGUCGGGGUCCUCUUAAGUCAUGCACUCAAACGGCCGGAGCCGCACUCAGUUCGCAGUACAUGGACACAGCGGUGAGCUCAGACGAAUACCCGAACCACCGGGCCAAAGAGUUCGCCUUUUACCAUGGCUAUGCCAGCCCGUACCAGUCGAUGGCCAGCUACCUGGACGUGUCAGUGGUCCAAACGCUGGGCACCGGGGAACCGCGCCAUGACACCCUGCUCCCCAUGGACAGCUACCAGCCCUGGGCUCUGACCAACGCCUGGGGAGGACAAAUGUACUGCUCCAAGGAUCAGGGACAGGCCGGCCACCUCUGGAAGUCCGCUCUGGCUGAUGUGGUGGCGCACCAGCACGACGGCUCGUCUUUCCGCCGAGGCAGGAAGAAGCGGAUACCUUACACCAAGGUCCAGCUCAAAGAGCUGGAGAAAGAGUAUGCAGCCAACAAGUUCAUCACCAAGGACAAGAGGAGGAAGAUCUCGGCUGUGACCAACCUGUCAGAACGACAGAUUACCAUCUGGUUCCAGAACAGGAGGGUGAAGGAGAAGAAAUUCGUGGCCAAAGUGAAGAACAGCACGCCGUAGCAUACAGGUCACUGUUCUUUGGACGAUUUAAGACGAACUGACAAAAAUAACAGAAAAUGGGAAAAAUAAAGAAAUUGAACGUGGUGCGUCUGCCGGACUGGAACUGCGUGUGAGUCCGUGUGCGUCAACAGAUGGAGGAGGAAGGACACAUAAGAAUACUUAACCAAAGCCCUCUGAUAAACCUGCCGAGAGGCAUUCUGUAAAUACAGAACUUUCCUGACUGCUUUGAUAUGUCUGUCUACUGUGUAUCUUUCACUGUUUCAGUAUUGUCCGUGCCAAGUAGUCUAUAGCAUAACUAUUAUGCUCUCCAUACUGUUUAUAUCGCAUGUAA